GAGUUCCAGCUUUGCAUGUUCAGUCAGAAGACAAAAAUGAUGAAAAAUAUUGAUUAAUUCUGUCGAAGAGAAGUUCUGCUUUCAAUAGAAUAACAAUUCGAAUAAAUGGAUAAUAGUGCACUGUUGGUUCAAUUAUGAAUGCCACAGAGGAACUGUCUGUUGUAGAUGUGUACGAUUUAGCUUCCGAGGUUGGCAAAGAAUUCGAGAAAAUAAUUGAUAAAAAUGGGCCUAGUUCAGUAUCUGAGCUAAUCCCCAAAGUAAUUAACAUAUUGGAACUACUCGAGACUUUAGCAGUUCGAAGAGAAAGCGAGUGUACGUUAAUUCAAGAAUUAAAUGAUAAAAUCUCGCAGCUCGAAAAUGAUAAACAGGAAAAAGCAGAAUUUAAGAAAAAAAUCGAUAAGGAAAUGGAGUCAAUUGAAGAACAGUGGCGUAUCGAGACACGUGAUCUAUUGCAACUAAUAAGUCGCUUGCAGAAUGAGAAUCGAAGAUUGAUCAAAGCUCAAAACAAUGAUUCAUUGUCAUCCAAAAGUUACCAAAAUGACUCGCCGAAUGUCGAAAGCCAACAUAGCAACAUAUUUUGUGCAAAUUGUGAUUCAUCUACAAUAUCCAAAUUGAAGUCAAAAAUCAAUAAACAAAGUGAUGAAAUGAAAUACAAGGAACGUGAACUCCAUGAAAAACUGUCUGAAAUGACCAACAUGUCUUCCCAAAUUGAAAGACUUAAAAGUUCAUUAGGCGAAUGCCGUAGAAGACAAAAGUUGUCGCAAAAUCAAAUGAUUACAUUGUUCGAAGAACGAGCCGAUUUCCUCGCGCAGCUGCAGGACCAGCAGCAUGAGAUAACAAUGCUUCGUAAACGGCUUGGAAUAGCCGAGAAAGAGAAUGAAGAUUUAACCGACAGUGUAAAAGAGGACGAAAAACCUCGAUUUUCAACAGUAGAGUUAAAAGAAGUUUUAACAGAAAGAAACGAGUUAAAACUAAGAGUCAACGAUUUAGAACAAGAGCUUCUUGCGUGUAAGCAACCUAGCAAUGUUGAUAUCGAAAAUGAAACACCAUGCAUUUCCAAUGAAGAUCUACCCGUUCAGGGCCCAUUACCAUAUGAACCAGAUGAUGCUCCGUGGAAAAAGCAUUCGGAGAGUGGUAUCCGUAAAUUCUUCCGAAAAUUGUUCUCCGAUGUGAACACCGACAGCACAAGCUUCCCGCGCCGUUCAGUAUCUACAUUAACGAAAAUGGCUCUAUCAUCUGGACCACACAGUGACAUUCCAAUAUAAAUAAUUUUAUUCAGUAUCAGUAACUUGUUGUGAUGUUCUUUGUUUCUUUUAAUUAGCAUAAGAUUAUUACUUAGCGGUAGUAAAAAGAUAUCCAUGUCAAAAUAGUAGAAACAAAAUCUUCG